AUGAUCAUGUCAUUACAAUCGCAAAAUCGUCUUAAACUUAUAAUACCAAAAUCAAUCUCAAAGUCCGAAAGGAUUCUCAAAACGUGUUCUCGAUGUCGACAGCACAAGAUCAAAUGCGAUGCUUUUGAGACUAACCCCAAUCCAUGUACUCGUUGUCUCAAGAAUAAUGUCAAUUGUAAAUUGGAAAUUCUUCACAAGCCAAAUGGUAGGGUCAGGACAUUGGAUAUUGUGGAACGAUUGUCAUGUGAAGUGAGUGAUUUGAAGGUCCUCAUGACUGAUUUGAUACAACGAAGGAAUGACCUUGUUGAGUUGUUGAUUGAGAGGGGGAGGCAGAUUGAAGAGGAGGCAUCUUCUCAAUGUCAGAAACAGCAGCAGCAACAGCCGCAGCCACAGCCACAGCCACAGGUACAGAUGCAAGUGUCUAGUGGCAGACAAUCAUGUACCCCUCCAGUUUCUGCUAUGCAGUCAUGUUUAAAUACACCUUGCACAUCACCACAAGACACAACUGACCCAUUUACACAAGCAGAAGAAGAGACGCCACAUUCAUCUGACACUUCUAAAUUUUCAUUAAGUGCCAAUACCGAAGCCAAGCCAAUAUCCAUCUCACACAAGCAAGCACAGUCAUAUUUCACAAAUUAUGAGCGCAACUUCAACAAAUACCUACCCAUUUUCCCCGACGAGUUUUUCCAAUCGGUGAAUUUGAUUGAAUUUCAUAAAGAAAAUGAAUUGACAUUUUGGUGCAUCAUUUUGACAUCACACUUGAAUCAUCAUGAUCAAGCUAGCAAUUAUAGAGUGUUGUCCGAACACGUGAAGUCACUAGUGGUUGAUAAAUGCUGGUUUCAUACACCACGCUCAGUGUACAUCAUUUCAUCAUUGUUGAUAUUGACCACAUGGCCACUACCUAGUCAUCAACGUACGAAAAUUGCCGACAAUUUGAGCGUCAAGUUCAUAAGUUUGAUGAAGUCAUUAUCGUACCAAUUUGGACUACACAAAUUGGAAUUCAUUUCUGAAUUCAGUCACAAGACCAAAAUCAAUUUAUCUCAGGAAGUUAACUUGAAUAAUCGAAUUAGAGAACGAAUUUAUAAAUUUGUCAAUAUUAAUUCGAAUUAUUGGUUGAUUAAUUUAGGACUAUCGAAUAACAAUUGCAAUGGGUUCAAUCAGGACUAUAUCUUGAACAAGGCUUCUAAUAUUGAUAUUCAUGACGCAUCAAUUAUAUCUUCAUCGAGCGAUGAUCACUACAUUGAUUGCUUAUUGAAGGUGUCUAUGAUUCAAGUGAAGUUGAAUGAAAAUAUGAAUGCGUUAAUUGGUGAUUCGUUGGAGUAUGGCGAUGACCAUACAACGAUGAAGUUGUUGCCUAAUCAAAUCAAUACAACAAAGUUGAUAAAUUUCAACAUGUUUGAGAUAAUCAUUGAUGAUUUAAGAUCAACAUUGGCAAGAUUGCAACAGCGACAACAGCGACAACAGCAACAAGAGUACGAGCAGAGCGAAUCAUACUAUACUACGUCGACUAGCACUGACUUGUCAAAUUUGAUACAAAUGUCAACCGCAUAUACCAAGCUACAGUUGUUUAUUUACUCAUUAUCGAAAUCAGAUAUCACAUUACAGGAAUAUAAGGUGUACGUUAAAAAAUUGGUAACUUGUUGUAUGGAGAUAUCCAAUUUGAUUGAAUCACAACAAACCAAUUAUUUGGAAUUACCAAUUUACUAUAAGCUCCCCAUUGAGCUAACCUUGUUGACGCUAUUACGUGUUUUCAAGUCACCAGUAUUGGACACGGUUGAGGAGUACAAGGUUGUCAAAACAUGUUUCAAUAAAAUUUACACGACUGUGUUUAAAUAUGAGAACUGGCAAUUUAUGACUACCAAACUACAUCGAAUCAUUGAGUUGUUUGAUCAUUUGUCUAGGGAAUUUAUCGUUCGUCAGGUGAUACAUGACGAAGAAGCAGAUGAAGUCCAACAAAGUAACGCAGGCCAGCCUGCCCCACCUUUUUUGAUAACAAAGAUGAAAAAUUAUCUUGUUUCUAGCUUACAAUAUGAAAUGAUUUGGUUAAUUUAUCAGCAUGAGCAUUCUUCAAAAGAGAACAACAUUGUACCUAAACAAUGGAGUACCCGACAAUGGAAUUCAAUUGGAGUUUAUGACAAUCAAUUGAUAGAGUACUUGAAAUUGAAAGAAUCAAUACUACAAGUAUAG